AUGUCAAGCACCUCAACUUCUGAGCUCCCCUUGGAUGGCAUAACCGUUGUCGCGCUUGAGCAAGCCAUUGCCGCCCCCUUCUGCACACGCCAACUCGCCGAGCUCGGCGCACGGGUUAUUAAGGUUGAGCGUCCUGGCGAGGGGGAUUUUGCACGAGCAUAUGAUACCCGUGUCGUAGGGCAGUCAUCGCACUUUGUCUGGACAAACCGAUCCAAAGAGUCGUUGGCGCUGAAUGUCAAGGAUCCCAAAGAUUUCAAGGUUCUGAAAGCCUUGUUAGCAACAGCCGAUGUCCUGGUCCAGAACCUGGCGCCUGGCGCCUCAGACAGGCUAGGCCUAGGAUGGGACAGAUUGAAGGAGGAAAAUGACAAGAUCAUCGUGUGUGACAUCUCGGGGUAUGGAAGCCACGGUCCUUACACCCACAAAAAGGCAUACGACUUGCUUGUGCAGAGCGAAGCUGGUCUCCUCUCUAUCACGGGCACGCCCACCACACCCGCCAAAGUAGGCAUUUCCGUGGCAGACAUUGCCGCAGGCACUGCAGCUUUCCAGAACAUCCUCGCCGCGCUGCUGAAGCGAGCUAAGACCGGCAAGGGCUCCAGAAUCGACAUCAGUAUGCUCGAGAGUAUGGCUGAGUGGAUGAGUUUCCCCAUGUACUAUGCGUAUGAAGGACAGGAAGCGCCCAAGAGGGCGGGUGCGGAGCACGCGACAGUGUAUCCGUACGGGCCCUUUGAAACAGGUGGCGGAGGAUCUGUGAUGCUCGGCAUCCAGAACGAAAGGGAGUGGGCAAAGUUAUGUGAGAUUGUGUUGGGUGAUGCCAAUCUCGCAGCGGAUGAGCGUUUCAAGAACAACAGCCUACGAUCGCACAACCGAGCGGAGCUCAAGGCGAUCAUUGUAGACCGAUUUUCCAUGAUGACCGCCGAAGAGGUGCUUGUCAGGCUCGACGAGGCGACCGUGGCGAACGCCAAAGUGAACGAUAUGAAGAGCCUAUGGGACCAUCCGCAAUUGAAGGCCCGUGGGCGUUGGACAGAGGUUGAUACCCCUGCCGGACGGGUACCAGCACUUCUGCCGGCGGGAGUGGCAACCGCCGCGGAUGCAAGGGUUGGACCCGUUCCGAAGGUCGGCGAGCAUAAUGCGAAAAUCCUCGAGGAACUGGGCAUGUGA